CACAAGUUCUUAUUUCUGUCAAUUUCUAUUUGGUUAGUGACAGUUAAUUUUUUUAGUUUGAAUUAUAAUUAUUUAAUAAAAUCAAACUAAAAUUGUAUUCCACCUAAAGCAUCAGGGUCUUAGGCCUUCUCCUACUUUUGCUUCAACCGACUUUUCAUAUUGAGAAAACGGUGGUGGUAUGGUAAGGUGUGCUUGUUAACAAAAGGGCAUAUCUAAAGCUAUGGACCAAGCAAGCAAAAGAAGGGGGCGGCCUUCACCCGAUGCUGGAAACAUGAAACCUAUCGCAUUUAACCUUGAGGAAGCUCUUGCGGUGGAAAACAUCUACAGGCCCAAUCUUUUAGUUAUUCAAGAGGAACUACAGCCAUGGGAGGUAACGGUUAGCGACCGAGACAGGGCGGUUAACAUUCUUCGCUUACUGCGCAUUUGGUUUGACGUUCCACACAAUGUAUUCUUCACCGCUGCGACAUAUCUCGAUCUGUUCCUUUCCCGACUAAAGGUGCAAGAAAAAUACCUGAACUGUCUGACAGUCAGCUGUUUUUAUGUUGCUGCGGAAAAGGAGGGAUGCAAUGUUGAUGCAAAUCAGCUUGUAGCGAUUUCUAAAAAUUUCUGCAUGAAUGACUUGAACAGAAUGGUAAAAAUUGUUAAAGAAAAAUUGAAACUAGACAACAACGAUCAUAAUCGAACAACAACCUGUGCCGAUUUCCUCAUCAUAUACCUAGAGGUUUUAGAAUACAUCAUGUCACGCUGGAUGGUUGGAUAUCGAGUCGACGAAGUUUUGAAAAAGGAACAACUCCUGACGAGAUUGGAAAUAUUACUAGCUAACAACAGCUGUGCAUUUUUCCGAUCAUCAGUUUUGGCUCUGGUGUUACUCAAAUUUGAAAUUGAAAAACUUUUGACUCAGGCUAUUGCUAAUAAGUCUAUGCAUUUAAUAGGCGAUUUGAUCCAACUUCUUGGCAUUCUUCGGGAACUUCAGUUUACAUGCAAAAUUAAAUCUGCUGAAUUGGUGAAUUGUUCUAACAAUGCAUCUAAUGUCAUGAAGCAGUAUGACAAUCAAAAUAAUAAACAGCACUCAUCGACCAUUGAGAAGGGAAAUCGAUAUCGCAGCUACUACACACCACUUUCGACCAUUGAAGAAAAAACCAAAAGCCCAUGUAAGAAGAAUUGAUUUGAAAAUGUUACCAAGUAAGCUGCUAUAAACAUUUUUUCUUUUUUAAGGACUUAUUUAUCCAUGUUGUAAGCGUUUUUUUUACAAUGAAUGUCUACAUUUUUGUUUUAUUACUGUUUUACUAAUUUAUCGUUGGUCUAAAUAGAAAUCGUGCUUGUGGCACAAGAAUUAAAGUUCUUGUGUUGCAGAAAAUUUUAAAUUUGUUUUAGCUUGCAUGUAUGUAAAGACGCUUACAAAGACAUUUUUAUUUUAAUGUCUAGUUGUCUGAAAAUUUAUAUACAACAAAAAAAAAUUAAAAGCGAUAUAAUUUUAUAAAAAAAAAAAUACAAAGUUUUAAAAACAAGAAAAAAAAAUUAUAGUAUGUUUUAAAUGUUAAAAAUAAGUGUCCUUCACAUAUCUGGUAUUUAGUGGUUUAUAAGUAACUUUAAGAUUUGUCUAAUGUCUUGAGAAUCAUCACUGUUUUUGUAUAUACAUUUUUACGAGACUAGUCGUUACUUCCUUUUGUUACCAUAUGAUGGCAGUUUCUAUGAAUAAUUAAAUAAAUUGCAUUACUACAAA